CGCGUCGCACAGUUCAGCCGGGCAGCAAAAUCUUUGCGGCUGUAUACCUGGCGCGCAGAUGCGAAUUUUCUCUUGGCGCCGCCGGAAGUCCGGGACACGUGAUCGGGUGACAGCGCACGCUUGGCUGGAUCCCUUUAGGUGCUGCGGCGCGGGAUGGCGGAGGCUCCUCCGGUCUCAGGUACUUUUAAACUCAAUACAGAUGCUGCUGAGUUCAUUCCUCAGGACAGAAGAAGUUCUGGGCUAAAUUGUGGAAUUCAAAGAAGACUAGACUCCAGUAGGAUUGGCAGAAGAAAUUAUAGUGCAUCGCCUCCUUGUCACCUGUCCAGGCAGGUCCCUUAUGAUGACAUCUCUGCUGCUCAUCAGUACAGUUACCCUUCUGGAAACAAACCUAAGAGUCAACACACUUUUUUCCAGUCUUCUGCUUCUAACAAAUCACACAAGAACCAUGGCCUUCAGUGUCAGCCUUGGCAGAAACUGAAGAAUGAAAAGCACCAUAUCAGAGUAAAGAAAGCACAAGGGCUCACUGACCAUACCUCAGAUAUAGCUAGCUUAGAAAAUGUGGCAAGAUCAGAAAGUGGGACACAUCUCAGAGAGCACAGCCCUUCUGAAAGUGAGAAGGAAGUUACCGGCGCUGAUCCCAGGGGAGCAAAACCCAAAAAAGCAGCACAGUUUGUGUACAGCUAUGGUAGAGGACCAAAAGUUAAGGGAAAACUCAAAUGUGAAUGGGGUAACAAAAUGACUCCAAAACCUGAGGAUGCAGGACCUGAAAAUAUCAAACCUGUGGGGGUUUCCCACCCUGACUCUUCAGAUGCAUCCUGUAGAAAAGGAGGACUGGAUGGGUAUGGGGCCAGACGAAAUGACCAGAGAAGAUACCCACAGAAAAGGCCCCCUUGGGAAGUGGAGGGAGCCAGACCGCGACCGGGUAGGAAUGCGCCCAAACAGGAGGGCCAGCGCCAAGCAAACGUAGGCCCCAGAAACAACAUGGCUCCCAUUCUAAAGGAUAACAUCAAUGAAAGAGCAACAAAAUCUGCCUGUGACAGUGAGAAUUUGGCAGUUAUUAAGUCUUCCAGAAGGGUUGACCAAGAGAAAAAUGUAAGAAGGCAGGAUCCUCCAGUGGUAUCUCCCUUCCCCCGAGGCAAACAGAAUCACAUGCUAAAGAAUAUGGAAACACAUACAGGUUCUCUAAUUGAACAGCUAACAACAGAAAAAUAUGAGUGCAUGGUGUGCUGUGAGUUGGUUCGAGUCACGGCCCCAGUCUGGAGCUGUCAGAGCUGUUAUCAUGUGUUUCAUCUGAAUUGCAUUAAGAAAUGGGCAAGGUCUCCAGCAUCUCAAGCAGAUGGCCAGAGUGGUUGGAGGUGCCCUGCCUGUCAGAAUGUCUCUGCACAUGUUCCUAAUACCUACACUUGUUUCUGUGGCAAGGUAAAGAAUCCUGAAUGGAGCAGAAAUGAAAUUCCACAUAGCUGUGGUGAAGUCUGUAGAAGGAAACAGCCUGGCCAGGACUGCCCACAUUCAUGUAACCUUCUCUGCCAUCCUGGACCCUGCCCAGCCUGCCCUGCCUUUAUGACUAAAGCAUGUGAAUGUGGACGCACCAGGCACACGGUUCGCUGUGGUCAGGCUGUCUCAGUCCACUGUUCUAACCCCUGUGAGAAUAUUUUGAACUGUGGUCAGCACCAUUGUGCUGAGCUAUGCCAUGGUGGCCAAUGUCAGCCUUGUCGGAUCAUACUGAAUCAGGUAUGCUACUGUGGCAGCACCCCCCGAGAUGUUUUGUGUGGAACAGACACAGGAAAGUCUGAUGGAUUUGGGGACUUCAGCUGUUUAAAGAUAUGUGGCAAAGACUUGAAGUGUGGGAACCAUACAUGUUCUCAAGUGUGCCACCCUCAACCCUGCCAGCCUUGCCCACGGCUCCCCUAUUUGGUACGCUUUUGCCCUUGUGGCCAAACUCCUCUCAGCCAAUUGGUAGAACUGGGAAGUAACAGUCGGAAGACAUGUAUGGACCCUGUCCCUUCAUGUGGAAAAGUGUGUGGCAAGCCCCUGCCUUGUGGCUCCUCAGAUUUCAUUCACACCUGUGAAAAGCUCUGCCAUGAAGGAGACUGUGGACCAUGCUCUCGAACAUCAGUUAUUUCCUGCAGAUGUUCUUUCAGAACAAAGGAGCUCCCAUGUACUGGUCUCAAAAGUGAAGAUGCUACAUUUAUGUGUGACAAGCGGUGUAACAAGAAACGGUUAUGUGGACGACAUAAAUGUAAUGAGAUAUGCUGUGUGGAUAAGGAGCACAAGUGUCCUUUGAUUUGUGGGAGGAAACUCCGUUGUGGCCUUCAUAGGUGUGAAGAACCUUGUCAUCGAGGGAACUGCCAGACAUGCUGGCAAGCCAGUUUUGAUGAAUUAACUUGUCACUGUGGCGCCUCUGUGAUCUACCCUCCAGUUCCCUGUGGCACUAGGCCCCCUGAGUGUAGUCAGACCUGUGCCAGAGUCCAUGAGUGCGACCAUCCAGUGUAUCAUUCUUGUCAUAGUGAGGAGAAAUGUCCCCCUUGUACUUUUCUGACUCAGAAGUGGUGCAUGGGCAAGCAUGAGUUACGAAGCAACAUCCCCUGUCACCUGGUUGAUAUCUCUUGCGGAUUACCCUGCAGUGCCAUGCUACCAUGUGGAAUGCACAAGUGUCAGAGACUCUGCCACAAAGGAGAAUGCCUUGUGGAUGAGCCCUGCAAGCAGCCCUGCACCGCCCCCAGAGCUGACUGUGGCCACCCAUGUAUGGCACCUUGCCACCCCAGUUCACCCUGCCCAGUGACUGCUUGCAAAGCCAAGGUAGAACUACAGUGUGAAUGUGGGCGAAGAAAAGAAAUGGUGAUUUGCACUGAAGCAUCCAGUACUUAUCAGAGAAUAGCAGCUAUUUCUAUGGCCUCUAAAAUAACAGACAUGCAGCUUGGCGAUUCAGUGGAGAUCAGCAAGUUAAUUACCAAAAAAGAAGUUCAGCAAGCCAGGUUGGAGUGUGAUGAAGAGUGUUCAGCGUUGGAAAGGAAAAGGAGGUUGGCAGAGGCAUUUGAUAUCAGUGAUGAUUCUGAUCCUUUCAAUAUCCGUUCAUCUGGGUCAAAAUUCAGUGACAGUUUGAAAGAUGAUGCCAGGAAGGACUUAAAGUUUGUCAGUGACAUUGAGAAGGAAAUGGAAACCCUUGUGGAGGCUGUGAAUAAGGGAAAGAACAGUAAGAAAAGCCACAGCUUCCCUCCCAUGAACAGAGACCACCGCCGAAUCAUCCAUGACCUGGCCCAAGUUUACGGCCUGGAAAGUGUGAGCUAUGACAGUGAACCAAAGCGCAACGUCGUGGUCACUGCAGUGAGAGGGAAGUCCAUUUGUCCUCCCACAACGCUGACAGCUGUGCUUGAAAGGGAAAUGCAGACUCGGCCUCCACCACCAAUUCCUCACCACCGACAGCAGACAGACAAGAAUCCUGGGAGCAGUAAUUUACAGAAGAUAACUAAGGAGCCAAUAAUUGACUACUUUGAUGUCCAGGACUGAGAUCAAGAUGCACUUAGAUAAAAGAAUGGUUAGGUGUAGUGGAGAAUUAUUUGCCAGCAGAUAAAUCAUGCUUUUUCCUCACUGCCUAGCAGAAUCAUAGCCUCACAUGCUGUCUUGUACUGAUACAUCCAAAGCAUGAGUGUGUCAGAAAUCCCCUUGUGUAUUCCUGUCUGUACAAAGUGUUCCACUGUGGCCCUAUCUCCAAUUAUAUGGUCACAAAGUAAAGGCUUCUCAUACUAUCAUUGUGAUUGCUUUGACAAUUGGGGAAAUAUCGGACUUUAUUUAGAAAACCAGAAUUUU